GUCUAAUGUUUAGAUGUCGAAACUUUUUAGGAAUUUUAGCAGUAACCGAUUUUAGCAUAAGUCAUAGCAUAAAUUUCUGAACAACUUACUCUGUUCAAUAAAAUUUUUAUAUUUCGGGUUUAUAGAGCAAAUAACAGCAUAAAAAUAGCGUAAAAAGUUGCAUUACAACUUAAUUUCUUUGAAUAUUAUACGCGAUAGGCUGAAAAAUCAGGAUAUUGAAGUUUAAAAGUGUAAUAAAAAUUGUCUUUUAAUAUCUAUCUGUAUAUAGCUAAAAAUGUAUAUGCUUCAGUUUAUGUGCUAAAAACAAUUGUUUUUAUUUACGUUGUGCAUGCUUAAAAAUAGCAUUGGAGAUAAAUGCAAAACUUUUGGCAAACACUUUUCUGACAUGAAAAAAAAAAAUUAAAUGAAAAAUGGAUCAAAAUUCAAAGGAAAAAAAGUUAUUCUUCUUUGGUCAACCGGGAUGUUUGAAAGUAAAGUUUGACAUUCCAAUAAGACCGUCGGAUAAUUCUGAUUCCCAAAGCGAUGAUAAUGAAAUAGAUGAAAAAAAUAAUUCGCAAGGAACGUCCGAUAAUACGCUGAUUGACGAUAAAAAUACUACAACCAAAAAGGCUGAGAACUCAUCAGAUGAAGAUGGCGAAGAAUUGCUAAAGAAAAUUGAUGCCGCUUUAGAAGUCAAAAAUGAGCAUCAAAGCGAAGAAAAUUCUGAGACCUUAUCGAGCCAAACUAUUAAGAAAAUUCCAAUAAUUGACGCUUCAAACAAUCAUGUUGAAGAAGUUUCUACUGAAACAAUCCAAAAAGAAUCUAAUAGCAUUGAAAUACAAAGUUUUGAGUCAAGCACAAAUGAAGAAUCGCAAAAUAAAUGUGAAGAGAAAAGUGCCUUAGAAAAAGCUUCUUCAGCGAAUACAGAAACUAUAACGGAAAAAAUCCAGAAUGUAUACAAUAUAAAAAGUGUAGAUAAUAAUAUAGAAGUUAAUGUCGAGAAUAGUUUAGUGGCGAUACAUGAAUGUAAACCAAUCGAAUUAAAAAGUGAAGAAAUUAGUUCUAAAUCUCUCGAAUUAAUGGACGAAAAGUCAGAAGAGUCUGACAAUGCCGUUGAAAAUCUCAUUGAACCAUCACAAAACGUAGAUACUAUUUGUGAAUCAGAUGAAAUUGUUGAAAAAAUGAAAAAUGUAGCGCCAAAUGAAAGUUCUUUUGAAGAGAAAAAUCUUGAGAAGGAAGAAGUUUCAUUAAAAGAAGUGGAAAAUGUUGAAAUUGAAUCUAGGAGUGAAAUCCCUGUAGAUGAAAAAUCUCAUAAAGAGAUCGACGAAAACAAAGAAAAAGAGAUACACAGUGAAAACUUAGCUUCAGAAUUGCUUGAUAAUCAAACUGAAAUAUGUGAAAGUUCUGUGAAUAACGAAGCAAUUGAUCCUGUGAUAUUUAAAAUUGAUCAAAAUGACGCGAAACCUAAAUCUGAUAAAAAUACUUCUUCCGACGAUCAAGCACCCUCGACUUUAAUAACUGAAGAUAUACAGAUUUAUCAUUCAAAAACACAGGAUACCACUGAUAAUGCAAAUGUAAUAACGUUACCAGAUCUUCAAGGAAAUGUUUCAAGUGAAAAUCUAAAAUCAGAAAUUAUUUUCUCGGAAUCAAUCCACGAAACUAAUGAGAAACUGGCAAUUUGUGAAAGUGAUUCAACAACUCUACACGAAGAAAUAAAAAGUAAUCAAGUGCCGAAUGAUGACAAUACUUGUCUGUUACAAGAAUCGCAAGUAUUAACUAAUAAAACUAGUAUUAAAAAUUAUGAAGAAUCAGGACCUAAGAAUGACAAUUUAGAACUCAAAAAUGAAAAUAUAGAAGCUAAGGAAAAAACAUUACAACAUGACGAUAAAAACAUAAAAACGACACAAGAAAAGCAAUUAAAGAUGACUGACGUUAUAGAAAAUGUUGAAUCUCAAACUCAAGAAACAGAACCAUCUCACGAAGAACUUAUUAAUGAAAAUAUAGCUUCAAUUGAAACGCAAAUAGAUGAGUCAUUAAUUGAGACAGAAAAUACUCAAAGUAAAGAAGAAAAAUAUAUGCAGAAAGAUCAGACUGAAAAAAAUUUAUGCACUGAAAUUGAAAUAAUAGAAAGCACACAAGUUUCAAAUUUAGAAAAGGAAGCAACAGAGUGCAAAGACGAAUUUGAAUCUGUUAAAGUUAUUCCAGGUCUUGAAAGUAGCGAAAUAAACAAUACGGAAGUUAAAUGCAGCGACAAUCAAGCUUUAAUAUCUGAAAUGCCACCAAAAAAUGUCGAUGAUGAUCAAGUUUUAACAUCAGAUCUGGUUGAAAAGCAAAAAGGAGAAUUUAAAGACAAUGUCAAUACUGAAUCUGUUGAAGAAAUCAAUCCAUGUCUUGAAGCGUGCGACAUGAACAUCACUCAAAUUGUACCUGAUCAAGAAAUAAAUCAACAAACUGAACUUCAAUCUGGGAAUCUUGCUCUAGUAGGGAAAUCAAGUCAAACUGUGUCAGAUACAAAAGAAUUCAAAACAAUUGAGUCUAGAACUGAAGACAUUAAGGCCGAUGAGCCUAAUAACAUCGAAUCUACUGAUAUAGAACCAUGUUCAAAUUUGAUUUCUCAAAAUGUUGAAGACACUGUUGAAAAUACUAUGAAUGAAAAGUCUUAUUUCGUUGAACAAAACCUGAAGGAAGAGCCUGUAUCAGAAAGUAAAGAACAGAGUCAACCAGAAGAUCAAAAAUUGGAAAAACAUCGAGAAAUAAGCACUGAACCUGAGGAAUCUUUAGCAAAAAAAGAAAUUGUGGAAGUGUGUGCUUUACAAGAACAAAACACAUGUAUUCUGAUGGAAUCUCAAGAAUGUGAAGAAAAAGAAGAAAUUUCAGAGAAUAUUGAAGAACAGAAUGUUAAUGAAAACUCUGUUGAUCAACUAAGUGUAAAGAUCGAGUCUGCAAAAGAAAACAUUCAGAAACCUGUAUCCAUGGAAAUUGAAGAUGUCGAGGAAACUGAAUUUAAUUUGCCAGUUGAAUUAAAGACUAAAAUUUCCAUCCAAUAUGAAAGCACAUCAAAAAAAGAUCCAAUUUUCGUUCAACCUACUGAAGAAUAUGAAUCAAGUGACAAAGAAGAAGUCGUGGAGAUAAAUGAUCAAAAUAUUGCUGAACAGCCUGAGAAUAUUACAGAUAGUAUUCCUACAAAUUCUAGCGAUUUAUCAAGUAAAGGAGUUAGAGAGAAUGAGAACUUAGAAAUUGAACAGAUUAAACCAAUAGCGGAGAUUAUCAUCCAAAAAGAAAAUAAACCUAUCGAAGAAUGCAAAACCAUUGAAACACAUGAAGGCAAAGAAUCAAAAACGCAAUAUGAGGAAGUUCAACAAAAUGUGGUUACUCUUGAAAGCAAUAAAAAAAUAGAUUCUUCUUUUGCAACUGAAACUUCAAAUUAUGAUGCUAAUGUUGAAAAUAUUGAGGAUGCAAAAGCUACAGAAAUGCCAAAUGUAGAAAGCGAAAAUCAAAAAUCUCAAGAAGUAGAAAUGUUAUCACAAAAUCAAAAUAACGAGAUCGAGCAAGUUGAUAUAGAAGAAAAAGUUUUGGAGCAACAUCAAAAAUCUGAAAUAUCUGAUAAUCUUAAUCUGUCCGAAGCCACAACAUCAAUUGUUGAAGAAAAGUUUAUCUGCGAGAGUAAAGAAAUAAUUUUGAAAGUCAAUGAAAUAUAUGAACCGCAAUUCAUUAAUGAAGAUCAAAAAAGCUUGAACCAAGAAAAAGAAAUAAUUCCAGACACAAACGAACUUGAAGUUUUUCAAUUCGAUGAAAAUCCCAAACUCGAAUCUAACCAAGGAAAUAGAAAUCUUGAAAAUGAAAAAGAGAUUGAUAUACCCGAAAAAAUUGAAGAAAAGGUCGAAUCUCAAUAUAUCGAAAAAAACAUACAAUAUCAAAAUCAAGAUUGGAAACCUCAACCACCAAAUGAAAAACUCAAUGAAAUUGAUUGUAGUUAUAGUGUAGAAAACAAAGAAACAGUUCAAAAAGCAAGUGAUAAACCAGAAGUAUUAAGAGAAAUGCCCAAAGAAUCCUGUGAAGAUAAAACAAAAGAAAUGACAAUUGAAACUCAACCAGAAUUUAAAAAAGAACAUGAAUUUUUAAAUCAAAAUAUUGAAAAAGUUGAAUUGUCACCUUCUUAUACAGACUCUGAAGAUAUACAAACUCUAGAAAUUGAUAUUUCAGAUGAGAAAGAUCCAAAAGAAUUUGUUGAUUUUAAAGUAAAUCAGGAAAGUAAAAACAAAAAUGAAUGCAAAGAAGAGUUGUUAAGUUCAGGCAGCUCAAUUGAUGCAGAGAGUAAUUUAAAAGAUGAAAUUGAAGUCAUUCCUCAAAAAUCGAUAACAGUCGAAGAAAAUUCAAAUGAAAAAAUUAACGAUAAUCAAGUUGAAUUGUCAAAAAAUGAUAACAAAAGCUCGAGCUUUGAAAAAGUUUCUCCAUUAGAAGUAAUUAAUAUUCAAAAUGAAAUUUCUGAGGAUUUGACUAAAAGUAAUACUACAUUGAUUGAUGAAGAGAGUAAAUUAGAUGAAAGUAGUUCUGUUGCACAAAUUGAUAAAGACAUUCAACUUCCAUUAAGUGAGAACUUUGAUGAUCAAAACAUAGAAGAGAAAAAAGUGAAGUUGAAAACAGAAAAGCAAUAUGAGCUAAUUACUGGGCGCCACACAGAAGACAAUUUGACUGAUGAAAAAUGUAAAGCAGACACAAAUAUUGAAGUCAGUAAAGAAGUUGUAGAGAAUUUAACAGAAAAAAUUAUUUUAAACGAAAUGUCCAUGAAAGUGGUAUGUACGGAUAAUAACCAAGAUAACAAUGAAACACAAGAUGAUCCUAAAGACACGAUGGAAUCAGAUUCUAAAUGCAGCGAAACUGUUAUUCCACCGAUAGAAAAAAUAGCAAUAAAUGUAGAAAUUGAAAAUAAAUUAGCACUUAAGAAAACAACCGAAAUAGUUGAUGAUAAAUCAAACCUUGAAGAAAAUAUAGAAAUUCUCAGCAUGCAUAUUUCAAAAGCUUCUGAAGAAAGUGCUAGUCCUUUGGGUCAGAAGCAGAUUGAUGAGGCUGUAUUUGUAAAACACGUAGAACUAGAAGCAGAUGACAAAUCAUAUCUUGACGAUUCUGGAAGUAAAGAAAUACUCAGCAUGGAUAUAUUAACAUCUCCUGAAAAAAAUGUCGGCUUAUUGGACCAAAAGAAAGCUUCGGAAGCCGCACUGUUAAAACACGUUGAACAAGCUGGUGAAAUCUGUACUACUAAAACCGUUGAGGAACAAAACGAACUACCACCUGUUGAUCCUUUAGCAGAAGUAAAUCCAGAACCUAAAUCAAUGAAUGUUUUUGAUGAUUUACUUGAUAAAGAGACCAAAUUAGAAUCAAUUCCCAUCACAAAAUCAUUUCAAAAGCCUGUCUCAACAAGAAAGAGAAAAAUAUCUGAACGUAAAAGUAUUUCGGAAAGUGAUAGUGAUGCUGGAACUCAUUUUGUCACUGAUUCUAUAAGCAAUGAAAAAUCAUCAGAUGAAGAAAGUGUAGCUACUAAAAAACCAAGAAUUCGAAACAAAAUCACAGCAACAAGAAAUACGAGAGCUACACGACAAAGCGCCAGAGUUUCAGAAGAAGCAAAAUCAUCACCAGAAUUAAAAGCAAAGGAGCAAAUAAAGCCUGAAAUUGAAGAGAAGACAUUGCAAAAUUUGAAAUUUGACUAUGACGAAAAUGAAGAUAUUGCAUCAAAAAUGGCUGCAAUUAAAACUUUGAUAUGCAAAGAGACUCCGAAAAAGGCAGACGAUGAAUCAUUGAUUGAUAGCAAUGAAUCAAGCGCUGAUGAAUCAUUAAAUCAGAAACCGAUACGAAAAGGUAGGAAAAGCAAAAGAGGUAGGACAGGAAAAAAGAAUGAUGCUCAAGAAUCAAGUUCCGAUGAUUCAAAAUCAGCAAAGCUUCCUGACAGCAAACGGUCUAAAACGUCAGAGUCGGAAGAAACUCCUGCUGAGAAGCAAUCAAGAAAAAAACGAGAUAGUGCUGGAAAAGGUCUUCUUAAGUAUAUUGACACAUCUCUGGUGAUUGAAACAGUUGAAACCGAAGCGCCAAUUAGACAAUCAAGAAGAAUAGCACAACAAAAAAUCAGGGAAGAAACAGAGCGACGACAAAUGGAGGAAAAAAUGCUCAAGCAAAUGAAAGCAGAAGCUGAAAAGAAAAAGAAAAUGGCAUCAAUUUCCGGGCCACCAGAUGAAGAGGAAGAUAAUGAUCGUAGCAGUGAUGAAUCAUACAAAGAUUCUACAAAAAAGAAAAAGACUAAAAUAAAGCCUUCAGAUAAACAAUGGCAAACAUCAUCGUCACAUUCUGAAAAUUCAGAAUCCGAAGAUGAAUUCGAACGUCCUCAAUCAGAAGAUCCUGGCAGUCCAUUAUUCCGAAGUGAUCACGAAUUUUCACCAGAAUCUGAUGACGACGAAACACCAGAACAACCUUUAAAACGUGCUCGUACAGCCAAAAAACAAGUAGAGGAAUCAUCUGGUGAUGAAGACGUGAAUCCAAAUCAUGCUUGCCAAGCUUGUCACAAGACCGACUGUCCUGAAUGGAUACUUUUGUGUGAUGAAUGUGAUCAUGGCUAUCAUUGUUCGUGUCUUAAACCGAUUAUAUUUUGCAUUCCAUCUGGAAAUUGGUACUGUCCAUUGUGUUGUCACAAAAAACUCGUCGAUGAUCUGUCAUUACAGCUAGAAAAAUUAGAUACUCUUAUAGUUAACAUUAAAGCAGAAGAAAUAAGACAACAAAAGCAGCUUGAGAUUAAAAAACUCGCAGAAAUUACACAAGAAAAUAUUUUAAAUGACAAACGUAAAAAACGAUCUGAAAAAAAAGCUAAAGAAGAUCAGUCCAGGGGCUCUAAAAGUCGUCGUGAAUCAAGUAAUGAUGGAAGUGAAUCAAACGAUGAUGAAUCUUCUGAAAACUCGUCUGACAAUGAGCCUCUUAAUGAAAUAUUUUAUAAGUUAAGAAGAAGAAAUCAAGCAACUCCUUCUUAUCGUUUUAACGAUUACGACGAUCUAAUAAAUUCAGCUAUUAAACGUGAUAUGGAUGAAGUAAAGGGUUUAGGAAAUGCCGGUCGUGGAAAAGAUAUUUCAACAAUCAUUGAAGCUGAUAAAGAAGAAAAAAAGUUACAAAAAAUGGAACAUGAAAAAGAAACUGAUGUCAAGGAUGAGAAUCAAAGUGAGCAUCAAGAAGGCGAAGAGUCUAGUGGCUCAGACAUUAUUCGUCCAAAGAAAGCUAUGCAACGAAAAAAGAAAAAUCGUAAAUUAAAUAAUCUUGAUGCAACAUCUGAGGAAGAUCAAGCCUCGGAUGAAGAUUUUAAAGGAACCCCAUCUACAAAUAGUGAUACUGAAGAAGAAUAUUCGAUAUCUAGUAAUGAUGUAAGUGAAAGUUCUUUAGAUUUGCCUUUGAAAAAAGGUAAGGCUGGUAAAAGAAGGACACGAAGUGCUGCAAAACAUCGUCGUUAUGAUCAGAAUUUUAUAGAUGACAAUACCUCUGAUGAGGAACCUUUAAUAAAAAAGAGAGUUAGAAAACAGCGUGAAUCUGACGAGGAAGAAUUUGAUGCAAACGAGGAAAAUUCAGAUGGAUCUACUCCCGAAGAUAUUGAUUCAGAAGAUUUGUGCGACGAUACCGAGUCUGAUGAUAGUUCUGAGAAUAAUUGGCCCAAAAAAAAGAAAAAGAGAAAUGCCUCUUAUGACAUAAAGAAACCUCGAAAACAUCCAAAGAAAACUGAUGGUGGUAAGGACAAAGCUUUUCGAGCUGGAAUCUCAAAGAAAAAGAUUUUAAAAGUAUCUGAAAAUGAAAGUGAGGCAAGCGAAAAUGAAAGUGACAAAGGACGUCGUAGAACAAGAGGAAAAAAACUUUUGUACUUAAUAGAAGAUGAUUAUGAAUCUGACGAUGGAAUUAAACCAGGUAUAGGAGUUGUACGACCAGAAACACCUCCAGAAGAAAGAGAAUUAUUUGUGAAGAAACAGGAAGAAAUUAAAAGAAUGCUGGCAGAAAAAAAUACUGAAGCUGCAAGACAACUUGCGGUUCCUACAAUAGAACCAAUUAAAUUUGCUCUUGAAAAACCAGAAUCUCCCAUACCACCACAACUUACGUCUGAUGAAUUGGCAUCAUUAUCGACAAUUCCAAAGAAUGUAAUUGAAGGAGCAAAAGCUUUAGACAUGGAUUAUAAUAAAAUCAAACCAAUUCAUUUUGGUGUUCAUUCAAAAACAUCUGAUCAUCCAUCAGCACAUGACAUGAGUGAAGAAGACUUGGCGAGAAUGAUGGAAGAAGAAGAUUUCGCUCAACAUCAAUUAAAGAUGGUAGGUGAAACAAUUAAUCGGAAUAAAUUGUUAGAACUAGAAGUGAAAGAAGAAGCGUUUGCAAAUAUUGGAAAAAGUGGUAAAAUAAAAGAAGAAAAGGAACCUGAAAAACUUGCACAUCCUGAAACAAAGAAACGAGCACGAAAGCCAAAACAAGACAAACAAGCUGGUGAACUUUCAUCUCCACCAGCAAAAAUGAUGCAAACUGAAGCAGCUUUACAAAAAGGUCCAGUAAAUCAACAUUUUGCACAACUAAAUGUUCCUGUAUCAAUUCCACUCACUCAUGAACCAACAAAGCCUCAUACUCAAAAUAUUCCAUCCGUUCCACCUUUAAUUUCAAAUCCCAUAUCUCAUUCUCCCUAUUCAACUAUGCCACCACGUUAUCAAGGACCUCAUCAUUUAAAUAUUCAAGACAGACCUUCAGUUCUAAGCAAUUAUAUGCCAAGACACGAAGGCAUGCCACCGAGACUGGAAGGAAUGCGUCCAAGAUUAGAAGGUAUACCACCUAGGCUAGGUAUGCAGCCAAGAUUCGAGGGAAUGUUAUCACGAUUAGAAGGAAUGGGUCCAAGAAUGCAGGGAAUGCCUCCAAGAUUAGAAGGCAUGGGAUCACGACUUGAAGGAUUACCACCACGAUUAGAAGGAAUUACAGCUCGACUUGAAGGAAUGGCAGCAAGAUUAGAAGUUGGUUCACCGCAACAACAUUUGAGAUUUCCUCAUCAACCGCCCGAAGGAUUCUCUCUUAAAUCACCACCAAUUGCGCCUCAACAUAACGCUUCAACAAAUGAAGAAGGUGAGGAAAAGAAAAAAGGGAGAAGAAAGAAGUAUACUCCCUUACGUACUGAUUUAAUAGAUUCUAAUGCAUCAAAAGUUGCAAAGUUGGAAACUCCAACAACCUCGUCUGUUAUUCACUCUACAUUGAACUUAUCAACAGAACGUCCUGAUGACAAAAGUAAAGCAUCUCUGCCGCCACUUCAAAGAGUUAAACCUGAAAUUUUCAAUCCAGCAACGAAUCCACCAUCAUCUGUUAUUACUCGUUUAUUACAGCCUCAACAAAGACCAUCGUUUGGUGGUUUUGUAGAACAAAUGAACGUUUCUGUGACGAGUGCAAAUAAUCCUAAUGCACCAACAAAUCCUAGGGCUUUUCCAGAAGAGUUGAAGCAUCAUCCAAUUGCAAAACAAGUGAGACCAGGACAACAAUCCCAAUUCCCUGAAAAUCCUUUCGUCCCGCGUGGUAUGCACACUCUUUAUAGAGGUCCACCGACUACUCAACCAUCAAUUUAUGGAAUUCCGUCUCAUCAUGCACGAAUACCCUACCCAUUUCAUUUGCAUCCAAACAACAACCUAAGACCUAAUAUGCAAGAAUAUGGUGCUCCUUAUAAUAUACCUCCACAAUUUGGAUAUUAUGCACCGCCAGCUCAUAGUAGACAACAUCCAUCGAAUCCAGCAGCACCCCCAUUAAGUCAUCAAGAGCAUCCAGAUUUACCUCCAAAUAACGCAAGACCUAGUAAUAAUAACAUAAAUCCAAAUGAUGAGCCAAGCGAAUCUAGCGAAUUUGGUGGGUUAGUAAGUUACUUUAGUUCACAACAGGAAUUAGAUUAAGUUAUUUUUUCAUCUUCUAAUAACUUAUAUAUCAGAAUUAAUUUACUAAUUUAUGUAUAAUGAAAUUUAAUGAAAAUAUCAGACUAAUUUAAAAAAUAGAAUUUUUAUUGUAUUAUCAUGUAUCUUAUCAUAUUUAUCAUGAACAAUAAAAAAAAACGUAAUUUAUAAAGCAAUAUUCUCUUUUAUUAUUGUAAUUUCUUUACGUCAGCAUAGAGUUUAGUUGUUGUACUCUCAUGACGUCUGUUGAAUGGGGGACAUUUCAAGGAAUCCUUCAAUAACACAAAAUUAAAAGUUCAGCGCUCGCUUGAAGGAUUCAAUUAUUUCAAAAGUAAUACAGCUUAAAACUUAAAUUUGUGCAAGUUUACAUUUGAUGGAUAUAUUCAUUAUUUUUUAAUAAAGAAUAGGAGAGACAAGAAGUCUAUGAGCAAUGUUCAAAAAGCCAACGGUUUUGUUAUUUUUG